UCCCUGCCUUGCAGAGCUCGGGGGAUGCCCCAGAGCUGCCCCAAAGCCUCGGCCAUGGCCGAGCUCGGCAGCAGCCAGGCCUGGAUGGGCGAAAUCGCCGCGGCCAAAGCCGAGCUCAAAGAGGGGAACGCCCGCAGCGCAUCCUUGGGGCUGGUACCGACCCUGCCCGAGGAGCACGACAGCGUGGAGGAGGAGGACGAGGAGGAAGAGGAGGAUGGUGAGAAGCCGAAGAGGAGGGGCCCGAAGAAGAAGAAGAUGACCAAAGCCAGGCUGGAGAGGUUCCGGGCCAGGAGGGUGAAGGCGAACGCCCGGGAGCGAACGCGGAUGCACGGAUUGAACGAUGCCCUGGACAACCUGCGCAGGGUCAUGCCCUGCUACUCCAAAACCCAAAAACUUUCCAAAAUCGAGACGCUGCGCCUGGCCAGGAAUUACAUCUGGGCUCUCUCCGAGGUGCUGGAGAGCGGGCAGACCCCCGAGGGGAAAAGUUUCGUGGAAAUGUUGUGCAAGGGGCUCUCACAGCCCACCAGCAACCUGGUGGCCGGGUGUCUGCAGCUGGGCCCGCAGCUUUUGCUGGAGAAACACGAGGAGAAAACUUCCGGCUGCGAGUCGGGGCUACCGGGCCACUCCUUUGGCUACCAAGGGUUACCCAGCCCCCCGUACGGAUCCGUGGAGUCUCACCUGCUGCACCUGAAGCCGCCGGCCUUCAAGGGUUUGGUGGAUGCUUCUUUUGGGGGUCACCCCUCGGAUUGCUCCACGCCCCCCCCUCCCUACGAGGGGCCGCUGACUCCCCCCCUGAGCAUCAGCGGGAAUUUCUCCCUGAAGCAGGACGGGUCCCCGGAGCUGCUGGAGAAAUCUUUUCCCUUCGUGGCUCCUUUCCCGUCUCUCAGCCUGGCCGGGGCCCAGCACGGCCACGGUUCCCAUUUCCAGAGCUCCGGGCCCCGUUACGAGAUCCCGCUGGACGGGGGCUACGAGCCCUUCCCGGCCCACGCGGCCGCGCCCCAGCUCGGGGCCAUCUUCAACGAGUGA